CUAGAGAUGCGUGCAUUGGGAAUGGUGUAUUGUUGACUGCAGAGCAGUUCGCAGUUUGUAGGUCUGAUCAUAUUUUCUUUGUUUAUUUGGUGUGCAGAAUCGUAUUAUCGUCAUAGAAAACGUACUGCCGCGAGUGAAAGAUCACGAAGCGUUGAGGUAUAGCUAAGGAAAUCGUGAUAGAGGCCUGAAAUUGUCCGAAAACCCGUUGGCAAUUGAUCCUUCCGAGAAGAAGCAGUGUUCACAAAGGCGUCCGUCCGACUGUAGUGUUCUGUGCUACCACUUCAGGAGGUUUGGGACGUUCUGUACUCUGGAACGGACUUUAACUCCAAUUCCAGAAGAAAAUUAUGGCACAAACAACGAGUAGCGCUCUUAGAGCACUUGCUCUGGAAUAUAAAAGUCUUCAAGAGGAACCCGUUGAAGGAUUCCGCGUGAAACUCGUUAACGAGGACAACAUGUUUGAGUGGGAAGUGGCUAUCUUCGGGCCUCCAGAUACGCUUUACCAAGGAGGAUAUUUCAAGGCACACAUGAAGUUCCCGCCAGAUUAUCCAUACAGUCCGCCAAGCAUUCGGUUUAUGACGAAAGUUUGGCAUCCGAACGUGUACGAGAAUGGAGACCUGUGCAUAUCGAUCCUGCAUCCACCCGUAGACGAUCCACAAAGUGGAGAACUACCGUGUGAGAGGUGGAAUCCAACACAGAAUGUCAGGACGAUCCUCCUGUCGGUGAUUUCGCUCCUGAACGAGCCCAACACGUACAGCCCCGCCAACGUGGACGCUUCUGUGAUGUACAGGCGCUGGCGCGACUCCAAGGGAAAAGAUAAAGAAUAUGAAAAUAUUAUAAGGAAACAAGCGCAGGCGGCUAAAAUGGAAGCUGAAAAAGAAGGUAUCGUGGUGCCUGUAACGUUGGAAGAUUACUGCAUCAAAACUCAUGCGAGGCCGGCCGAGCAACAAUUAGAUAUGACGGAUUUCUACGACGACGAGUACGAGCUGGACGACGACGACGACGACGAGCAAAUGAGCGCCAGCGAUUACGAAGACGGUGACGAUAGUGGCAACGGAGAGUCGUGAUCCAUUUCUUAAGGGACGACAAAAAAUAAACUCGAAGAAGAAAAAAAAAAACGCUAAUUAUUAUCAGUUCUGUAUAGAUUAAUAAAUUAACGGGCUUCUAAACCGGACGCUCUCUCCUUUCAGACGUGCCACCUAAAUUCAAGUACACGUUCGAAGAACUUUUAAUCAUUGUUAGAGUAUUUUUCUUUAUAAGUAGAAUCGCAAAUAAAUGACACCUGUCUUGUGAAUGUAAUUUUAUUCGUUACAGGUGUCUUUAGAUAAUAUCAAUUAAAAAUUCCUUGAUUUAACAUUGUCCUGUGGAAAUUCUAUUUGAAUAGUUAGAAUUAAGUUCUUAGAAUUAUGCAAAUUGGGAAGAAAAGAUCAGAAUUUUAUGUGCAAAGUAAUUUUCAUUAGAGGAUAUUAAAAUUGUUGAGAAUGCCGUGUUUAUAAGCUCUUUAACUUAAGCAAUAUACGGUAUGAACAUAAGUACUUUGUUAGGAGCACUGUGCUUGUUGUGUUGUGGUUGGCACGUCGGUCUUUUUAACUAGGCAAAAAAAAAAAAGAAAAAAAACAAAGGAUAAAAGGACCAAUUGAUUUACCUGAAACGGUGAUUCAGCGUUCGAUUGAAUUUCUAAUGAAAGUACAAUGAUUGGGCUGGCUCAAAUCUCCUUUUAUCCGUGCGUCGUAUUUAAAGUUUAUAUCUACUGGGUACAUCAAUUGAUCCUUGCAUUUUUGAAUCUUCGAUAAAACUUACAUGAAAUAAUAAAAUGAGAAAUUUCGACGUUUCGUGUGAUUAUUUAAUGCUGAAAAGCCAAACGUUGGAAAAAAGGGAUUCGAUUUGUGUAAGCGAGAAGUAAAACAAACUGCCAUAAAAGACCUGUUCAACAUUCUUCGACGUACAUUUUUAUUUUAAAGAGUUUGUAAAUCUCUUAAUAUCCUUCUUUCUUUAUAUUUUGCUAUUCAGAACUACUACAUGAUGAUUGCGUUCAUCAAUUUUUUUUUUGUAUACAUAUGAAUUUACAUAGGUUUAAGUAUUAUCAUAGAAUCUUAUAUUAUAAUUUUUCUUUGCAAAACAUUUUGUUUUGUGGCGGGGUAUUUUAAAGCAGGUCUUUGGACAGUUUGUUUUUGUUCGUGGUUUUUAAACGUACCUAUAAAAAUAUAGUUUUUGCUAUGAACGACACUAUUUUUAAGUUUCGAUUGUUUGUCAUUAUAACAAUACUAAAUUUUUUGAAAGAAAAAAGAAAAAAAAAGAUGUACUGAAAUACGUUUACGGACUUCUCUUACGUGCAUUGCGCUACAUCCCACAAAGUUAGUUCAGCUUAAAACAAUUAUUAAGAUCUCUUGAUGUUAAGUAUUAUCUUUCACACGGGGACAAAAAAAGCUUGGUAGGUGAAGUUGAUUAAGAAAUAAACUUAUUACUUAAGUGAAAGGAAUACCAGAUACGGCUAACCUACUCUGUGGUAGUGUAUCUGUGCUCGUAUGACUGAAAUUGUAAAUAGUACACGAAAUCCAAUUCUUAAAGACAUAAAAAUGUAUAAAUGGUAUCUUCUAUCUUCGUUCUUUAUUAGCCAUUUUAUUAAAAGACCAAAAUUAAGUGUUGAAACAAACAGAAAAAAAAAAACACAACAGAAUGUUAAAUGGUAAAAAAUAAAAGCAAAGAAUAUUUAAAUUUCAA